AUGCAGUUUGCCACCGCCAAGGUUGGGGCCGUGCUGGUGAGCAUGAACCCAGCGUACCAGACCACUGAGCUGGAGUAUGCUGUGGCACGCUGUGGCAUGACUCACCUCAUUAUGUCACCUGGCUGGAGAGCCUCAGACUACGUCGGCAUGCUCCAGAGCAUCAGGGCAGAGGUGCCCACCCUGCGGCAUGUGGUCCUGCUGGGAAGCCUGCUCAGCUGGCACGAGUUCCUGGAGCGGUCUGGCAUGGCGGGCGCCCGGGAGGCGGCACGGGCGCGGGCUGCUGGCAUGGACCUGCACACCCCUUACAACAUCCAAUACACCAGCGGUACGACGGGGCGGCCCAAGCCCGCCCUCCUGUCGCAGCACAGCGUGCUGAACAACGGCUACAUGAUAGGGCGGGGCUGCAGACUGGGCCCCGCCGACCGCGUCUGCAUUCCCGUCCCCCUGUUCCACUGCUUCGGGGCCGUGCUGGGGAACCUCGCGACCCUGGCUACAGGAGGGACCAUCGUCUUUCCUGGAGCGUCCUUUGAUCCGGCCAGGACCCUUGCGGCAGUGCAGGCAGAGCGCUGCACGUCUCUCCUGGGCGUCCCCACCAUGUUCAUCAGGGAGCUGGAGCUUGACAACUUUGGCGAGUAUCGCCUGGAUAGCCUGCGCACCGGCAUCAUGGCAGGCAGCCCCUGCCCCGUGGAGGUCAUGCGGCGCGUCCAGUCCAAGAUGCACAUGAGUGAGGUCACCAUCUGUUACGGCAUGACAGAGACAUCCCCAGUGUCCUUCCAGACGAGCAUCCAGGAUCCAAUUGAGCGGCGGGUCUCCACGGUGGGCCACAUCCACCCCCACUUGGAGGCCAAGGUGAUCGACCCUGUGACGCAGGGCAUCCUUGCCCCUGGGGAAGUCGGGGAACUCUGCGUCAGAGGCUAUUCGGUGAUGCAGGGGUACUACGAUGACCCGGAGGCCACUGCGGCGGCUGUGGAUGCAGAGGGCUGGAUGCACUCUGGGGAUCUGGUGACGCUGGACGCCGAGGGGUACUGCAACAUCGUGGGCAGGAUGAAGGACAUGGUCAUCCGAGGGGGCGAGAACCUUUACCCCCGCGAGAUAGAAGAGCUGCUGCACUCCCAUCCGGCCAUUGCAGAAGUCAAUGUCUUUGGGGUGGCAGACGCCAGAUACGGGGAGGAGCUCUGUGCAUGGGUCAGAACAUGGUGCGCCGGGCUGGACCAUGCCUCUGUGAGCGAGGACGACAUAAGGGCCUGGGCUGCCGCGCGAGUCAGCCGCCACAAGGUUCCCCGCUACAUCAAGUUUGUGCACUCCUUCCCCCAGACACUGAGCGGGAAACCGCAGAAGUACCUCAUGCGGAAGCAGGCCAACGCAGAGCUGGGCCUGGAUCAGGCGGAGACGGUGGAAACGGCGUGA